AGUUUAACUCCGGAGUGAUAUUUUGGUCCUUUAACUGCCAGAUGUAAAGUGGACAGCGUGGUACUGUUCAUGUACUUUUUGUUGUUGAAAGAUAAUUUGUGCCCACCAUCAACAGACACCAAACGUAAAAAAAUAAUCGAAACCUUCAAAACGAUCGGAUUCGACAUCGAGAUUCAAACUAACCUAAAAAGAGUAGACUUCCUCGACGUUACACUUGAUUUAGAUUCAGAAACUUUCAAACCCUACAAAAAGCCAAACGAUCAGCUCCAAUACGUCCACAUUUUAUCUAACCAUCCAAAAAAUAUUUUGAAACAACUACCAAUAUCAAUCAACGAUAGGCUUGUCAAAAAUUCGUCAAACGAACAAGUUUUUGACCAAGCCAAACCGGAAUACGAAGAAGCCCUCCGAAAAAGCGGAUACAAAAACCUGAACUUGUCCUUCAAUAAAAAGGAACCCAAUCGGAUUGGCAGAAAUAGGAAACGAAACGUGAUAUGGUUUAACCCACCCUUCAAUAAAAAUGUUGUUAACGACGUCGGGAGAUCCUUUCUGAAACUAAUUAAGAAGCACUUUACAAAAGAAAACAACCUUCAAAAAGUUUUCAAUAAGAAUAACGUUAAAGUCAGCUACAGUUGUACAGAAAACGUGAAGUCCAUCAUUAAUUCACAUAAUAAAAAAGUUUCUUCAAAACAAAUAAUCGAUACACCAACAUGCAAUUGCAGAGUUAAAAGAACGUGCCCUCUACAAGGAAAUUGCAGAGUUCAGUCUGUCAUCUACAAAUGCGAAGUCACCGCUCAAAACCAACCAAAAAAGGCCUACAUCGGGUUAACUGAGAAAGAGUUCAAAGAAUGCUAUGGUGGGCACAAAUUAUCUUUCAACAACAAAAAGUACAUGAACAGUACCACGCUGUCCACUUACAUCUGGCAGUUAAAGGACCAAAAUAUCACGCCAGAGUUAAACUGGUCGAUCGUAAAACGUGUGAGAAGUUACUCGAACAAAAGCAAAUCGUGUCCACUUUGUCUGCAAGAGAAAUUGGAAAUCCUUAGUUACGAAAAUAAAGACGAACUUUUAAACAAAAGGUCGGAGAUCGUUUCAAAAUGCCGCCAUAUGAACAAAUAUCUAUUGGCCAAUUAUAAGUUAAAAGACUGAUAAUGACAUUUUGACACUUUUUUUAUUGUAAAUUACUGAUUUUAUUGCACGUUUUACAGCCUCAAUUAAUUUUGUUAUACUUAUAGGAAUUUAGAUCAGUUGAAUUUAUUUUACAGCUGAGGAUUGUAUAGUGAAUACAUGAAACUCUGAGUACUGUAAAAGCUCAGUUUACUUUAUUACCCUUGUUAUAUGGCUCCUGUGAUUUAAUGUUAUAGUCGAGCACUGUUUUGAGGAUAGCAUUACGCAUCUGUAUUGAAUAUGUCUAUCUAUAUAAUAAUACGCUAAGUGUGUUUGUCUGUGACUGGCAAAGUGGAUGUCUUCAUUUACCUUUGGUGUUUCCGAAAAAUGUCUAUGUUAAAUUUUCUGACGUUACGAUGCGACAUAAAUAACAUUACUUUAACGUCAAUAUCUUAUAUUAAAUUAAUGAAGCCAUUACAGUGCACUUAAAACUUUGAGGCCAAAUAACUUGGAAACAAAGUGGUGACGUCAAUGAUUUUUCACCGCGUGGGUAACUAGGGACCACCUAGGAUCAAUUUGGGUAAUUUUUCCAAACCUGGAUCCCUGAAUCUGUUUCGGAAUCGACGGGUUAAUGACGUCAUCAAAAACCUUCAAAUCCUAAUAUCUCUGCAACCGUUUGUCAAAAGUACAUGAUCUUAUACAUUUUCUUGAUCAGCGUUUCAAGAUCUAUACGAUAAAGACAUUAGAUAUAUAAAAUUCUGGAAAUUUUUUUUGUGUUUUUGCGUGCCUUUGUUGACGUCAGCAAGACUUUCAUUACAGGCAACGAAUACACUAAAAUUCGCUAAAUUUUUUUUGUAUCUGCACUGCUGAAGUCAGCAAAAAUCUAAAACAACCUAUUUUUUCCAUUCUCCUUCUGCCUGAGUGGAUUUUUCUAUGGGCCUUAUCGACUAGUAUUGUUAAUAAUAAAACAAUAGAUUUAAAAAGACAUCACACCGUGCAUAGAUUAAAGGUUAAUGUACACAAUAAUUAUUCUCUCAAUAAAAAUACGAAAGAGCAGAAAAAUUUCAAAAUAUAAUCCAUUUGUUAAAUUUUUUUUUGCCUUUUCUGACACAAAAACCGAGGAUAUAUUUUUCAUGGUAUUUUGUGUCUCUGUUAUUUAGAGAUUUUGUGUAAACUAAUUCAUAAUGGCAGACCCAUCCAGAAGUGUGAAACUAUCAUUAAGAAGUCUUGUUUUGUAAAUAGGAGAAAGGUAGAAAAAAGAUUAUGAGUAAAAUAAAUAUAUUUUGGAAAAUUGUCUAAGGCCAACGAUUUACCUUUAUUACUUCAUAGUAAAAACGAUCGUUUUUAUCAAAUUUCCAGUCCUGUGUUAGUAUUUUCAGUAAAAAGUUUAGGUUCUUGUUUAGAUUAACACAGUCCACAAAAAAGUUAUACCAGAUGGUAUUGACUGGUUGCAGUGAAAAAAUGUAUAUAUGUUGUUUCUAAAAUUACUUACUCAAGGUUGUCUGAAAACAAAAUCAUGGAGUCAUAAUUUUUUUUUAAUCUAAUAGCAUUUGACUUUAGUUUUUUUGGUGAACUUUAUAUCUUGAAUGCAAUAAAGUGGUAAUUCCAUCUUCUUUGUUAAAUAUGAUAAUAUUGGAGUCACAAACCUUCAGCUGGAUUGUAAAUGGUGCAUGGACUUGUUAAUUGUUUUUUUAAAACACUUCCACUCUAGUAAUAAUAAACAGUUUUUUUCGUUUGUUAUAAUUAUGGUUUAUAAUGUUUAUAAAACAUUACAAAAUCAUAGCUGAUGGAGUAAAAUGAGAGCCUGUGUCCUAAAUUUUGAUCUUUUUCUAGUAUAUAGAAAUUAUGUUACAUAUAUGUAUAGAUACGUCCAGGAAGUUUUGAUAUUACAAUUUGUUUUAAAACAAACAUGUUAGCUGUUAGUCCACACCAGAAAGAGAUAA